CAAGUUACCAAGAGAAGCAGCUUAAAACUAAAUAUCACGUGGAGAACGCCACCAGCAUGACCAGCAAUCACACAGACUGUCAUUACUGCCUGCAGUCUCUUCGUGGAAGGAAGUAUGCAUUAAGAGAAGAAAACGCUUAUUGUGUUACAUGUUAUGACAGCCUGUUUGCCAACCCCUGUGAAGAGUGCAAGCAACCUAUUGAGUGCGAUUCCAAGGAUCUGGCCUACAAAGGCCGCCACUGGCAUGAGGGAUGCUUCAAGUGUGCCAAAUGCAACCGCUCGCUGGUGGAGAAACCAUUUGCUGCCAAGGACGAGCUCUUGCUGUGUACUGAAUGCUACUCUGAUGAGUACUCAUCUAAGUGUUUUCACUGCCAGAAGACCAUUAUGCCUGGUUCCCGUAAAAUGGAAUUUAAGGGAAGUUCCUGGCAUGAAUCUUGUUUCGUUUGCCAGUAUUGCCGGCAGCCACUGGGAACAAAACCACUGAUCACCAAAGACAAUGAGAAUUACUGCGUGCCCUGUUUUGAGAAGCAAUUUGCUCACCAUUGCUACUCUUGCAAAAAGGUAAUAACUUCUGGGGGAGUGACCUACCAUGACCAGCCUUGGCAUAAAGAAUGCUUUGUGUGUGCUGGAUGUAAAACCCAGCUGUCUGGACAAAGGUUUAUUUCCAAAGAUGAAUAUCCAUACUGUGUAGACUGUUUCAGCAAAUUAUAUGCUAAGAAGUGUGCUGCUUGCAAGAAACCUAUUACAGCUCUCGGAGGUGCCAAAUUUAUCUCAUUCGAAGAGCGCCAGUGGCACGGGGAGUGCUUUAACUGCAUGAAAUGCUCUGUCUCACUGGUGGGCCAAGGAUUCCUCACUCGGCAGGAUGAUGUCCUUUGUCAUGAAUGUGGCUCUGCUUCAUAGUUCUGUGGAGAGCUGUACAGCUGCGUUAUUCUCACCCUGUAACCAUGUACUUCAUUAGUCUGCAGUAA